CCAGCAGAAAAUAAUGGCGGGCACCUCAUGCAAACGUUAAACUGGCUCCUUACAGCUACACAGAGAUUGUGUUGCUGUAACCUUAUAAGUCAAUGUUUGUACUGUAACAGUUAGUUAAUUUAUAAAUAGACUGAAGAAAGAACUUCCCAAAGCUAGGAACUAUUUUUACGAGAAUGGCUUCUUUCAUGACCUCUGGGAUGAUGCCUCCACCAAGUCACCAGGAUGUGAUGGACAGUGCUGGACGUCUCCUAGACAAUCAUAUGCAAGAUGACAGAAGCUAUCUCGACCUUUCAGAUCAGCUUAAAGUUCCUGUUCAUAACCAGCCUUGUGUGAGUGGUUUGAAUGAGUUGGACUACCCCAGUCUACCCGAAGCCAGAGUUGGACUGGAAUGUCUGCCAGAGAUCAGCAAUGUUAAGCUGGUCCCUCUCCCUCCCGAACUCAUGGAACAGUUUGGACGGAUGCAGUGUAACUGUAUGAUGGGCCUGUUUCCUGAUGUGGAACGAGCCUGGCUGGCUAUUGAUAGCGACAUCUUUGUCUGGCGAUAUGAAGAUGGAAGUGACCUAGCUUAUUUCGAUGGACUGAGUGAAACUAUCCUGAGUGUGGCAUUAGUUAAACCUAAAGUUGGGAUUUUCCAGCCUCACAUUCAGUACCUGUUGUGUCUGGCUACACAUGUAGAUAUUGUCCUGCUGGGGGUCAGUUUUUCACAGCCCAGGGAAGGCAUGUCAGCUGAACUUGGGAAUGGUGAGAUGCACCUUCUGCCAGAACCACUGUUCUCCAUUCCCACAGACAACACCUACAUUAUGAACAUAAUCGGGUCGGACAAUGGCCGCAUAUUUAUGGCUGGCAAGGAUGGCUGUUUAUAUGAGCUGGCGUACCAGGCAGACGAUGGAUGGUUCAGUCGGAAGUGUCGUAAGAUCAACCACUCGACCAGCACAUUGUCCUUCCUCAUACCAUCCUUCCUCAACUUCUCCUUCAGUGAAGACGAUCCACUGGUACAACUCAGUCUUGAUCAGUCUCGACACAUCCUCUACGCACGGUCAGAGAAAGGAACAAUACAGGUGUUUGACCUGGGUCAGGAUGGUAACAGUAUGGGGAAAGUAACAGCAAUCCCUCAACAGACCAUAGUACACAACGCAUGGCAAAUAGCAAGGACAAUAGAGAGGUCUAACUUCAAACCACUUGUUCACAUCAGUGCGAUAACACGACACGAAUCUGCGAACAUACACUUAGUGGCAGUCACUCAGUCAGGUGCACGUCUGUAUUUCUCCACCAACAACUUUGGUAACAACAAAGGACGCCCCUGCAUGCUGACACUAGUUCAUGUACGUCUACCACCAGGCUUCUCGGCAACUGCAGGCAUCCAGAAACCGACCAAUAUUCACACGGCCUAUCAUAAAAAUGGCUCGUUACUGCUGGUGUCGUCCCAGUCUGAGGAGAGUGAUGCCAUGUGGACCAUCAGUGGGGACUCCUUCCCCUUCCAGAGCCAGCUCAUGGAGGCACAGACGACAAUCCCUAUUAAUGGUAGGACGUGGGCCGUAUGUGAGAUUCCCUCGCCUGCUUUAGAACCUGGUGUAUUCAGACAAGCCAGACCUGGCACCCUGAAAGCAGAUCCACCUGCAGUAGUCACACAGCAUACUGAGCUUCCGCGGAGGUUUGUCCUCCUUACAGCACAGGGGAGCCACAUCCUCAGUAAGUUACGACCAGUGGAUCAGCUGAGGCAGCUCUUGAUUGACUGCCAGGGACCAGAUGCAGAGGAAGUAAAAGGGUUCUUCAGGCUUCACAGGAUUGAACAAGCCUGUGCUACCUGUCUGAUCCUGGCCUGUUCCCGCCUUGCAGCUGACCAACCAAUUGCAAACUGGGCCACGAUGGCUUUCUUUAUGUAUGGUGGUGAGGCUCAGUAUAACUUCGGGAUGGAUCGGUCCCUAAUGGCCAGCAAUAUCGGCCCCUCUGGAAUGCACCCUACCGUGACCUCUACACCAGCCCCAGGGAUGGGCCAUGGCUACUUCCAUCCAUCCCUCACCCAGGGGCCAACCAUGAGCCAAGAAGUCAUCUUUUCUGGCAAGCACAAUGGCAUCUGCCUCUAUCUAUCAAGGAUCCUGAGGUGUAUAUGGGAAAAUGCCGUUGCUACUGACUUUCCCUACACUACUCCUCAGGGGGUUCUUAACUAUCUGACAUGUUCCUUCACCACCGAGGAGUUAACACAGAUCCUGGAGAAUAUCCGUGGACUUUCUGAUUUUGUAGAUUUUAAUUCAAGAUAUGAGACGGGGCCAUCAGAAAGCAACAUGCCUCCGAUGCCUUUUUCGUCACACCUGAUGGGGCCUGUAGACGAUCAGUUAAGGAAGGGGCUUCAAGGGGAGGCCCAGAAGAUGGAGAAGAUUUCUUUGCAGCACAUCCAAGACCUUAUCCAUCGUGUAGAGGAGGUACUGGGGCUCCUGAAGAUCCUUGUCGACCACCAGUUCCAUAUCGUCGCCAGUCAGUUAACCAAGGACCAGCAAAAUCAGCUCCGAACAAUGAUGUUUAAACAUCUUGUAAUCAGCAGCAAAGAUAUCUGCGGUGCGUUGAUUACUUGCCUCAUUAAUCGUUACCUUGAUGACAAUGCUACGAUAGAUGCUAUCAACAACAAACUACGAGAAAUCUGUCCGUCUUUAUACAGCAGUGAUGAUGCCACUUGUUCAAAGGCAAGUGAACUGUUGCAAGCUGCCCGAGUGAAUCAGAACCAGUCAGAAAAGAAGCGACAGCUCGGAGAAGCUUUAAAGCUGUAUAAAGAAGUAUCACAGCCUCUCCAACUGACAGUGGUAUGUAGCCAGUUUGCCAAUGUUCAUUACUAUGACGGGAUUGUGGACCUGUGUCUGACCCUGGCACACAAGCGGGAUCCCCAGCGUCUGGCCCUUCACUUCUACAGGAGUGGAGAGCCUCCUGAGGAUCUACAGGGCAUGUCGGCCUAUAUGUCUAGAAUGGAGUGCUAUAACUGUAUCACCGGUACACUGGGUUUCCUGUCCACAACAAGCACCUCCUUCCCUCAGGCCCCCAAGGUUCCUGGACCACCGCCCACGCCUGACCCCAGCAGGCUCUCCCCCCAGGAGGCAGAUCAGUUUAAGUCGGACAUAUUCCGGCUGGCCCUGAAGUGUGACGAUGAGCUGUUCCAUGUGGCCCUAUAUGACUGGCUGUACAGUAUGAACCAGACAGAGAAACUGCUGGAGAUUCAGUCACCCUUCAUGGAACCAUACCUGAAAAGGAAGACAGGUUACCAGUCAGAAGCUGUUGGAGCAUUAGAUAUGUUGUGGAAAUACUACGAAAAAAGUCGUAACUUCCCUGCAGCUGCAAAAAUACUGUCGAGAUUAGCAGAAAGACAUGGGACAGACGUUCGGCUCCAACAAAGGAUAGAGUAUCUAUCCAGAGCUAUCAUGUGUGCCAAAAGUUCUACAUCUCGCACCAGCUCGGCCGCUGAGGGAGAAUUCCUACAUGAACUGGAGGAGAAGAUGGAGGUUGGCAGACUUCAACUUCAAGUUCAAAACGCUUUGAGUAAAAGAAGGGAUCGCAAUCAGCAGUCUAUCACUGAAGCUUUGAGUCGACUGGACUCGGAUCUGCUGGAUCUAACACUGUUGUAUGAGGAGUUUGCAGACAGAUAUGACUUAUCCGAGUGUAAAUUGGCCAUUGUCCACUGUGCUGGGUUGUUUGAUGCAGCCCUAGUAGAAAACCUGUGGCAGAGUAUCAUUGAUAAAGAAGUAGAUGCUACCAUGGGUAUGGCUACUCCUAUGAGAAUCACAAAUAUCAGGAACAAGAUGGAACCAAUUGGAAAGCAGUACAUCAAGACAGAACGAUACUUCCCCUUGGCGUUCCUGGUGAAGUAUGUAGAACAGCGUAGUUGUGAGCUAGACUUCACAGCAUCCUGGGUGUACGAGAUGAUGCUAGAGAUAGGUGUGCCACCACCUAAACUGCUCGAGAUUUAUGACAGAAUGUUCAAGUCUCGGGACCCCUAUUGGCAGACAAUUCAACGACCGUUGCAUUUGCUGGAUGUUUUAUCAAAUCUGCUGGCACACCUCACAGCUAACCCAUCACUUAUACCUGUGUAUGAAAGGAGACCAUUCUCCACGUUGUGUCUGGACUUUGUGGCUACGUACCUAGUGGAACUACAGACGAUGAGGAUGGCUGACCACCAUCGCCGACUUGUCAGUCAGUUUAAACGUCUACAGGCCGAACUUGAGAGGUUGUGACGAACAGUAUGAGAGAUAUGGGAACAAAUGAUUGGAGUAAAAGAUCCUUUACAUAAACAGGCGCCCAUUAUGAUUGGUGCUUUGUGGGACCAACAAAUGCCUGUAAUGAGAGAUGCAAGAACUCUUCUUCGAAGUAAAACAGCGUUUUUGAAAAUAAUGGCACUUGAUACACAAAGAUGAGGCAGAUACAAAUUUAUGUCUUGAUGUCAGAAGUUUAACAGAGUAUGAUCUGAAUAAAAGAGCAAAUGUGGAAUUCACAAGGAGAAGUCAAAUGAAGGAUCAUUCGAGUACUUCAGCAGCGACACGUUGUGAGUGAGGCACCAGGUGAGUGCCUACUGUAUGCGAUUCAAACACGUUGAUAUGCUAACUUUGAGUAACAGACAUCCACUGUUCUUGAGGAAUGACGCGUUACCUUAUCGAACACUAUUAUAACGGAUGUUCAGUGAUGUAAGAUUGGCGAGAGAUGGAAAUACAGACAAUGUGAUGUUGUAAAUGUACAGUUACUUAGUUUUUGUGAGAUUCAAUUGCUUGGUAUGAAUUUUCCAGGAGUCAAUUGCAAAUUAAAUUCUCAAAUUUUUAUUCUGACAUUGGAAGUGUUAAAGAUAACUUUCGUGUUGGAACUUCUGUGGUAAUAAAUAAUUUAAUUGUCUGAAACUUGAUCCUGAAAAUAGAUUUUUGUGGAAUGUUAGUGUUUACCUGCUAAAUGUUUAUCAGGGAAAUCAUGAAUGAAAAUCUUUGGAAGAAUCAAUAUAUAAAGUGUUGUAUGUCAGCUACAAUUAUCAAACUGGAAUCUUCAAUUGCAAAUCAGGAAAUGAAAAGAAUUUGUUUUUUAAGUAACAACAAUAUUUCUUAAUCACUAAUACUUGUAAAAGCAUCUAAAUGUUAUUACAUUUAAUAGCAUCUAAAGUGGAACUCAACAAUUUUCAUUUCAUAUUGUGAUGAAAGAUUGAUCUGUACUGAAUCAUGUUUAUUUUUUUUCAUUUUGUGAAUAAAUGAAUUUCACAAGA